GCUGGCCCAUUUCCUUAUUCUGAUCGCUCGGUAGAGUUACCUGCCUCCCAUCGCCGUAAAUACGACGCGGCCUGCUCUCGCUCUUUCGUCUCCUCCACGCUCUCUCGAUUCAAAUCUCUCCUUUGAAAAUUUCCAGCGACGAAGUUUUCUUCUUUGAUCCGCUGACCGCCUGUUAGCGGUCCGAGGGGGCGUCAGCGGCGGGGGAAGACGAAGGCGGGUGACGACGUGGACGGGGUCAAACUUGGCGACGAGCCGGAAGAAGAAAAAAGGUAUUAGAGAGCAUCAUUUGUGAGAAGCAGCCUAUGGCGAGAAUAAAACCGCAAGCACUGCUAAUGCAGAGCAAAAAGAAGAAGGCCCCGGCACGAAUCAGUCUGACUGCCAUCAUUGCAUGCAACCUUACAGUUUUCUUGGCUGUGUUUUCCUUGUAUGCGACCUAUAAAUAUUGGUACCGAAGGCCAAGUGAUAAAACUGAAUUUUACCCAAAUACCUUCGAGGUAUGUAUGGUUUUCAGCUUGAACAUUACUUCAUUUCAUUUUCUUGUUUCACUUUCCUGCAUUCUUUUUUUUUCUUUUUCUUUGCUGCAGGACACUGAGGCCCUUGGAGAAUUGAAGGAUCUUCCUAGUUAUGCUAUCUUGAACACUGCAAAAGGUUCAGUAACGGCAGAACUGUAUAAGGAUUCUUCUCCUGAAGUUGUGGAUAAGUUUCUUGAUUUGUGUCAAAAAGGACAUUUCAAGGGAAUGCCUUUCCAUCGAGUAAUCAAACACUAUGUAAUUCAAGGAGGUGAUUUCCCUGAACUUGGGGCUGCAGAGGAUUGGACACUGAAAGGAAAAUCCCAUAGUGAACUUGCUAAGAGCUCAAAGCAUGAGGCUUUUAUGCUUGGAACUACAAAGGCAAAAUCAGAGAAUAAAGGUUUUGAGCUCUUUAUCACAACUGCUCCAAUUCCAGACUUAAAUGACAAAAUUGUUGUGUUUGGAAGAGUUAUCAAGGGGGAGGAUGUCGUCCAGGAAAUUGAAGAAGUUGAUACAGAUGAGCACUACCGGCCAAAGUCCCCCAUAGGGAUCAUUGAUAUCAUACUGAAGCAUGAGCCAUGAGCUAUGUGAACAAUUACCAUCUACUUUCGGAUUACUCACUGCUUGAUUCAAGAGUUACCAGGCAGCUCAAAUUUUGUCUUCAUGUGAAAAUGUCCUAGCAAUAAUUGAGUUCCUAAAUUUGAUGAAUGUUGGUUAUUGAUGAGAUAGUCAGAUGUAUUGUUCUAUAAUACAACUAGUUCACAAAGGGAUAUAACCCAAUGCUUUCCUUUUUAGAUUAUACGCUUAGGUUUAACAUAUGCCCCUGGGUUUUAUAUGGAUGAGAAUGAGAUAUGGUGGGAAAAGUAAUUGAAAACAUGUGCAUGUGUCUCAGCUGUAUUUUCCCGUGAUUGUAAAGAUCUUAUCAGCAUAGAUUCAGCAUUUUUCA